UGUUUGGUUUUGUCGACUCCCCCUCCGCCUGAUUGUUGCCAUGCUCCAAUAUCAGUAUGGGUGUGGUGGUAAUCCCGGUAUGAAUUGGUCAGAUUCGCGUCAAAAUUUGGCGCCUGAGGCCUUGUUGUUUUUUCCGGACAUAACAAACGACACGCAGACACGAACGAUGAGCGAGUUACUUUUUUAAAUCGACCUACAAAAGCAUGACUAGGAACUGACGGAAGGUCUGCGGGAUCCUAAGAGCUAUCAACAGCCUGCGUGUUUAUCAGCCUGACGUGAGGUGGAAGUGAAGCUCUCAGCGGAGGAUCAUGAGCGAGCUGGAGCAGUUGCGGCAGGAGGCCGAGCAGCUGCGCAAUCAGAUCCGAGAUGCCAGGAAAGCGUGCAGCGACUCCAGUUUGUCCCAGAUCACAGCUGGGCUGGAUUCGGUGGGGAGGAUCCAGAUGCGCACAAGACGAACCCUGCGGGGCCAUUUAGCCAAAAUCUACGCCAUGCACUGGGCUACUGAUUCCAGGCUUCUAGUGAGCGCAUCUCAAGAUGGAAAACUCAUCGUAUGGGACAGCUACACAACAAACAAAAUCCACGCCAUUCCUCUGCGCUCGUCCUGGGUCAUGACGUGCUCCUACGCUCCAUCUGGGAACUACGUGGCGUGUGGAGGUUUGGACAACAUCUGCUCCAUCUACAGCCUGAAGACCCGAGAGGGCAACGUCAGGGUCACCAGAGAACUGCCCGGGCACACAGGUUAUCUGUCGUGCUGUCGUUUCUUGGAUGAUAGCCAGAUAGUCACCAGCUCUGGAGAUACCACAUGUGCUUUGUGGGACAUAGAGACCGGUCAGCAGGCCACCAUCUUCUCAGGCCACAGUGGAGACGUGAUGAGUCUGUCUCUGAGCCCGGACUCCAGGAGCUUCGUAUCCGGAGCCUGUGACGCUACCUCCAAACUCUGGGACAUCCGAGAUGGCAUGUGCAGGCAGUCCUUUACUGGUCACGUCUCUGACAUCAACGCCGUUUGUUUCUUCCCCAAUGGGAACGCGUUUGCGACCGGCUCAGACGAUGCCACGUGCCGCCUUUUCGACCUGCGUGCUGAUCAGGAGCUCAUGAUGUACUCUCAUGAUAACAUCAUCUGCGGCAUCACGUCUGUAGCUUUCUCCAAGAGCGGCCGCCUGCUCCUAGCCGGCUACGACGACUUCAACUGCAACGUUUGGGACACGCUGAAGGGAGAACGUGCAGGAGUUUUGGCCGGACAUGAUAACAGGGUGAGUUGUUUAGGCGUGACCAAUGAUGGCAUGGCCGUGGCCACCGGCUCAUGGGACAGCUUCCUCAGGAUAUGGAACUGACCUGAUUGGAGAGAACUGGAGUGUAUCGUUGUAGCGGCCUGCUUCCACAGAGGGACCCUUUCCCUCUCUUUUAUCCUUCCUUUUCCAGGUGAUCUCUUAAUAGACCCUUUCCCUACGUCUGCAUACGCCGCCAAUCCCACUCCCAGUUUCCAGAGGAUGAACAAGGCAGAGAUCUGGACUCUCUCUCUCUCUCUCCGUCUUUCUCUCUGUCUUUCUCUCUGUCUCUGUCUACGGCCUCCUAAUCUGAAAAAUCCUAAGGAAUAGACUGUCGUGUAUAUACUAUUUGCUAUUCUCUGUGCUUCUACGUAAAACGUACACAUUUACAGUGUUUGGAUGUCAUGUGAAAUUUUUGAGCUGAGUGUGUUCGUCCUGGUCGUGUUUUUUUUUUUUUUUUUUUCCUUGUCCCAAUUAUGGACUUUUCUAUGAUUUCAUGUAUUCCUUCCCCCCACCCCACCAUCACAGCUAUACACACACACACAGGGACCCUGCCAGUGGUUUGGUCCACUCCAUGAACAAGCUGAGUCUCUAUGCGGUUUCUAGGUGCUGAUGUCGACCCGUCUUGCUCCCGGGUCUGUUAGAUGCUUAAAGUGUCGGUUUAGGUGAAGGAGCACGUGAGGUGUUAAAAAGCAUCACGUAACACUGUAAUGACUUCGUGAUACAGUCUUUCAGGCUGCCGGUCUGCGUUCAUGUUUCCUGCUCUGUCGCUCUGCCAGUCGCGGGCGGCUCGUGUUUACUCCUGCUGUAUUACAGCAGACGCCAUCGUGUUGAGGGAUUCAGCAUCACAGGCCCUGUCUAUUCUGUCUGUGUUACAGUUGUAGUACCAGUAUUGGUCAUGUACGAUAGGAAUAAAUCUCCCGAGCAGGUGAUCUUGAUAUUGAGAGACAAAAUCAUGACCUCGUGUUUGUUUCGGUUGUUAAUUCACUGGCACUUUUGUUAGCAAAUCUCAAAUCCUUUGUAGUGUCUAAUGAUUAGUUCAUUUUACCUUUACGGAAGGAGCCACCAGUGUCAGCACUUUAAGGCUAAUAAGACUAAUAAGACAAGCUUUUGUUUCUGUUCUAUCGUGAGUGAGAACAGGAACUAGCUUGUUUAAUGGACAUUCCACAGCAUUCACUGGAACUAGGAACUGAUGAAACGUGACCGUAGGAACUAGCAGCGCAGUCUGAUAGCAUAAAAAACGAUUAAACGGAUACAUUUUUAUAUUAAAUCCUGCUAACAACGUGCCAGAAAAUUGACAGUGUCCCCAUCACUGGAGGUAUUUUUAUUGAAGCUGUAAUGAAUUCUAAAAGAGAGAAAUUGAGAAACUUUUUGAUAUGAACAUUAACAUCCAACCAGCUGUUUGUAAUUGUGCAACACUGCACUGUUUAUUUUCUUCUCCAUUUAUUUGUGAGCAGCUGAGUUGCUAUAGAAACAUCUGACCAAUCAGACUGGAGGAUUCUGCCUCAGUGUAGUAUUAUUUACGUCAUGUCGGCCGUUUCCAGUGCCAAAUGUUAAACGCUAAGUGCUCUGAGUGGAGAUCGUUAUUAACACACCACGUAAUGAUAAAUGUGCACGUGUCCAUUUUAUAACUUUUUUUUUCUUUUCCCUCCUCUAAUGUGAGUUGAUGUGAGCUUUGGUAUAAAACGGCACAGUCUCCUGUGUCAACAGAACAAGCCUUAACUGUUUGUAGUUCACUUGAAACUUGACAAUUUCGUGCCAGAUAUUAGAAAUGAAGGCUGAUGUGUUUUUUGGUUUUUUUUUGGGUUUUUUUUCCAUGAGUGUUUUCCAUGGAAGCUUUACCCCACACUCAACUUUUUUUUAAUAUAUAUAUAUAUAUAUAUAUAUUAUUUUUGUCUUUUUUUGCCUACAGUAUUGAGACGGUUUUGUUGUAUUAAAUCAUUUAAAUGAUUUUGGUAUAAUUUCACAUCGACUGUCUUUCGUGUGUGAGCGAGCGAGAUAGAAUGUGCUUUAUAAACUAUUUCUUGAAUCAAACUCUAGCACAAAAGUCGGUGAAGAAUCCCUUGUCAGGUUUUGUGGAGUCUGAAGGAUGGAUGUACACUUUGACCUGCUGUAGUGAAGAAUCAGUUUUCAGUAGAGAUGCAGAAGUGUUUUAUAUCAAAACCCGAAUUUCUUCUGUUUGUAUCCAGUGCAGGCUGAGUGCAAAUUCACCAAUGUGGCAGAAUAUUAGUGUCUUUUCUGCACUAAGGGUGUGUGUGUGUUUUGGUUGUUUGUUUUAUUUUCUGCAUUCAGCUGAUGUCUUAAUUUUUAUAACACAAAUACAAACAUUAAAACCAAACAAAACACAGA